AUCAUUAGUGUCAGUGGGGGGAGGAAUAGUGCCCCAUCAUUGGUGUCAGUGUGGGGAGGAAUAGUGCCCCAUCGUUGGUGUCAGUGUUGGGGGGGAAUAGUGCCCUGUCAUUGGUGUCAGUGUGGGGGGGAUAGUACCCCAUCAUUGGUGUCAGUGGGGGAAGGAAUAGUGUUCCAUCGUUGGUGUCAGUGGGGGGUGGAAUAGUGCCCCAUCGUUGGUGUCAGUGGGGGGGAGGAAUAGUGCCCCAUCGUUGGUGUCAGUGGGGGGAGGAAUAGUGCCCCAUCAUUGGGGUCAGUGGGAGGAAUAAUGCCCCAU